AUGGAGACUGGCGGGACCGGUAAACGAAGAAUUCGAAGGAGGUUUGAUGAUGAGUCGGUGGAUCGGAGCGCUGAACUGCCGGCUGGUGCAGAUUCGCAACGGGACGAUGGAGAGAGAUUUACCGCGGAUACAAGUGUGUUCAAAGAGCCAGUGUUGCCAAAAGUGAGUCGGUAUAACAACGAGCCAGCAGAGAUCCAGAAAUACAAACGAUUGAGGAGAGAGCUUGCGUUUCUGCAGCGGAAGGUUCAACAGGUCGGGUUCGAUCGCUUGUCUGAACAUGAGCAGAAAGAGAUAGAGUUGAAGAAAGACUUGCUACAACUCAUGGAAUCUAAGAGUAAAGUCGAGUCUAAUACGGAGGGGUUUGUCUUGGCUGGUACGACGGACGAAACCUCAUUUAAGAAUGGUUCCCCCGACAGUAUGAAACCUCGUCCCAUGAAAGAGGAUAAUAAGUCGAGGCAGCAGAUGUGGGAGGAGCGGGUGCUUAGUUAUGCAGUGGCCAAGAACGACUCCGAUGAAAUAUACGUUGACGGUUCGAAACAGUACGAUUAUGUUUUCGACGAUAGCGCCAUGAUCAAUUUUACCAGCGAUGUAGAAGAUACAGUCCCUGGUGGGGAGGAUAGCUCUGAAGGUGAUGAAGAGAGUGAUGAGGAGGAUGAAGCCACGACCAAAUAUGCAAAAAUCCAAGAGGCCAAGAAAAGUUUGCCCGUUUACCACCAUAGAGCAAGAGUGAUGAAGGCGAUCCAAGACAACCAGGUACUCAUAAUCGUUGGUGAGACAGGUUCUGGUAAAACUACUCAGCUGCCACAAUAUUUGGUCGAAGAUGGGUACACGCAAGAUGGGAAAUAUCAAGUGGGUGUGACUCAACCAAGACGUGUGGCAGCGACUUCCGUCGCGGCGAGGGUAGCAGAAGAGAUGGACGUUAAACUCGGGCGGGAGGUUGGGUACUCUAUCAGAUUUGACGAUAAAACGACCCCCGGUAAAACUGUGUUGAAGUAUGUCACAGACGGUAUGUUGUUAAGAGAAUGUCUGACGGACCCUGAUUUGAAAAAAUAUUCCUGUAUAGUGAUCGAUGAAGCUCAUGAACGUACACUAGCAACGGAUAUAUUGCUUGGGUUACUGAAAAAUAUUCUUGCUAGGAGAGAGGAUCUUAAAGUACUGAUCUCGUCUGCCACUAUGAACACUGCCAAAUUUUCCAAAUUUUUUGGGGACUGUCCGAUCUUGACCAUACCAGGCAGGAGGUACCCAGUAAAUGUGCAUUACACAUUACAACCGGAGGGAAAUUACAUCAAUGCUGCGAUAACGACAGUCUUCCAGAUCCACACAACUCAGGCAACCGAUGGGGACAUUUUGUUAUUUCUGACUGGUCAAGAAGAGAUAGAGAGUACAAGGGAAAAGAUUGAACAGAUUGCGUCAAAACUGGGUACUAAGAUCCCACAGCUGAUCAUUGCCCCCAUAUAUGCCAAUUUACCACAAGACCAACAGGCGCUAAUCUUCGAACCGACCCCAGAGAACUGCAGGAAACUGGUCAUAGCGACCAACAUUGCGGAAACAUCUUUGACAAUUGAUGGUAUCAAAUAUGUGAUUGACCCCGGGUAUGUGAAGGAGAACUCGUAUGUUCCCUCUACGGGUAUGACUCAAUUAUUGACUGUCCCCUGUUCCAGGGCGUCUAUUGAACAGCGGGCCGGUAGAGCCGGGCGGGUUGGACCCGGUUCAUGUUUUCGGCUAUUUACCAAGUGGUCCUUUGAAAACGAAUUGGAGAUGAUGCCCAAACCAGAGAUUUUGAGAACCAAUCUGUCCAAUACUGUACUGCUGUUGCUGUCCCUUGGAGUCAUGGAUCUUUUGAACUUCCCUUUCGUAGAUAAACCGAGUAUCCCCGCGCUUACCAAAUCUCUCGAGAGCCUGUACGUUCUCGGUGCCCUGAGUAACCGGGGUCAGAUCACAGAACUCGGGAAAAUGAUGUGCGUCUUUCCCUGCGAGCCGGAGUUCGCAAAAGUACUGCAUACAGCCUCCGCUGACGAGAAAUGCAACGGUGUCCUGGAGGAGUGUCUAAGCAUUGUAUCGAUGUUACACGAGACAACGUCGCUCUUUAUCGGGAACAAGAGGAACGCCGCGGCACGUAUUGUCAGCGAGACCGAGGGAGACCACCUGCUGUAUUUGGAGGUCUUCAGGCAAUGGCGGGACUCCGGUUUCUCCCGAACUUGGUGUCAGGACCACCGUAUCCAGUUCAAGACCAUGUGCCGGGUCCGCAACAUCCGGUCUCAACUAUCCCGAUGCUGCCAAAAACUAGGUCUUUCCGCACAAAGCAAAACGGCGGCGAUCAAACUUUCGGAGGUAAUACCACGCAUAACGCGCAGUUUCAUCUCCGGGUUCCCGACAAACGUGGUCCAGUUGACGAAUUCGGGGAACUACAAGAUGCUCGGGAGACAGACUGGCGCACUGACAGUGAGCAUCCACCCGUCCAGUGUUGUGUUCCAGAACUACAAGGAAAACGCCAAGAAACCAGACAAGUACCUUCUGUACCAGCAGCUGAUGCUGACGUCAAAAGAGUUCAUCCGCGACCUGUUACCGGUCACCCAAGAAUCCUGGCUCACAGAAACCGUCCCCCAGGUGUACCAAGAGCUGUUGGGGAAACGACAGCCCUGA